AUGCCAUGUCUAAAUUGCAUGAAACUCAACAAUAAGUGUAGCCUGCCAGUAAACCCAAAGACAUCGAAAGUUCUCGACAUGCCACAGGCUCCGAGGAUACUGGGGGUGAAGCGACAUGUCUUUGCUGUCCACACAGCGCCAUGGUACAAGAGCUUGUCACAGGGUGACCAAAACAAAUACAAAGCUGAGCAAAUACAAGUCUCUGGUAUUCCAAAGUCCGGCGGACCUUGCCAGCGCUGUGUUGUACGCGGAUUACCAUGUAGGGCGUUAAACCCAAAUUCGAAAAUUGCAGAGUUCACUCGGCCGAGCAGAUGCGCACUUUGCAUCGUUGACGAGAGCACGGCCGAAAACAUCAGCAGAAGUUGUACAUUCAAUGAUGAUGGAAUAACCCAUGCCGAGCACGAGGCAAGCCAUCCGAUUUUUACAGGAAAUGUUCCUCUGCUCUGGGGCCCUUUUGGUCUGGAAAAGCCCACACCAGCACCGGUAAAUUGUACCGACAACAAAUCUUCUUCGUUUAUUCCAUCACCACUGGAGAACGAAGUAAUCAUGCAGCAUCCGCUUGAAUCUGCAGAAGUACAAGAACGCCUUGAAAGCAUUCAUCGCUUUGUCGAUUACACUUUAGAUAUGCUCGCCAGCGAGAAUAUCAUACGGGAUGAUUGUCUUCCACUUUCUGGACCUAACAUUGCCCAGAUCAAUGAUCACGACCGGAACAAUAGGAAAAGCAUAACAACCGUUUCACUCCUUGUGAACUCUUUGCGAAUUAUGAAUCUAAGUGAUAUUCCCGACUACUUCCAAUCUUCAAGCCUGGAAAAAUUGAGCAUGAGAACAAUAUUUCGGGCGUUGGUAUCACGAUACUUGUUGGAAGCUGUUUUUUCGCGCAUGCCAAAAGACAUAGAACAAUUUCGAGCCAGUAUAAACCCCCACUUGCAAGGAUAUCCCGAGAAGAUUGAUGAUGCGGUUGAGAAUUAUUUCUGUCUCCGGAACAACAGCACACGCUUUGUCGACGACCCAAUAAGAACUGGAUAUGGAGAUCUAUGUUAUUUCCCAGAUAACUUUACCUUUCAGAAAAUUGGCAAGGAGUUAGUCGACGUACUUCUACCUCUAUGUCUUCUCAGCGGAAAGACUCGACAAGAAAUCGUCACUGCUUGCACGUCAUCGUGUACCGAAAUUGCUUAUCUAGCCAGCGAGUUGAAUCUCAUCGUCAAAGCCAGACCUCGAUCACCGGUCACAUUCUAUAGUCCUGUGCGAGGGGAUGUUGUUUCUGAAGACAACGUUCGUCUAUUCCAUGACAACCGCAGACAGUUUGGUGAGGUACAAAUAACGCUAUUGCUCGGUAUCAAACCUGCUGGCAAUCCGUUGAGGCCUUAUGCUGCUGCACGAGUUGAGCUUUUAAGAGAUGGAGAGGCAUAG